GGGAAAGGAUUCACUCAGUCAUCCGAUCUGAAGGUACAUCAGCGAGUUCACACUGGGGAGAGGCCGUUCACCUGCUCAGAAUGUGGGAAGGGAUUCACUUUGUCAUCUCAACUGAAGAUACAUCAGCGAGUUCACACUAGGGAGAGGCCGUUCACCUGCUCAGACUGUGGGAAGGGAUUCAUUCAGUCAUCCGAUCUGAAGGUACAUCAGCGAAUUCACACAGAGGAGAGACCGUUCACCUGCUCAGACUGUGGGAAGGGAUUCACAUUGUCAUCUCAUCUUAAGGUACAUCAGCGAGUUCACACGGGAGAGAGGCCAUUCACCUGCUCAGACUGUGGGAAAGGAUUCACUCAGUCAUCCGAUCUGAAGGUACAUCAGCGAGUUCACACUGGGGAGAGGCCGUUCACCUGCUCAGAAUGUGGGAAAGGAUUCACUCAGUCAUCCGAUCUGAAGGUACAUCAGCGAGUUCACACUGGGGAGAGGCCGUUCACCUGCUCAGAAUGUGGGAAGGGAUUCACAUUGUCAUCUCAACUGAAGAUACAUCAGCGAGUUCACACUGGGGAGAGGCCGUUCACCUGCUCAGACUGUGGGAAGGGAUUCACUCAGUCAUCCGUUCUGAAGGUACAUCAGCAAGUUCACACAGGGGAGAGGCCAUUCACCUGCUCAGACUGUGGGAAGAGAUUCACUUUGUCAUCUCAACUACUGAGACACCAGUCAGUUCACACAGGGGAAUGGCCAUUCACCUGCUCAGACUGUGGGAAGGGAUUCAGUUCAUCAUCUCAACUGAAGGUACAUCAGCGAGUUCACACAGGGGAAAGGCCGUUCACCUGCUCAGACUGUGGGAAAAGAUUCACUUCGUCAUCUCAUCUUAAGGUACAUCACCGAGUUCACACUGGGGAGAGGCCAUUCACCUGCUCAGACUGUGGGAAGGGAUUCAGUUUGUCAUCUCAACUACUGAGACACCAGUCAGUUCAUACCGGGGAGUGGCCAUUAACCUGCUCAGUCUGUGGGAAGGGAUUCACUUUGUCAUCUCAACUACGGAGACACCAGUCAGUUCACACUGGGGAGAGGCCGUUCACCUGCUCAGAAUGUGGGAAGGGAUUCACUCAGUCAUCCGAUCUGAAGGUACAUCAGCGAAUUCACACAGGGGAGAGGCCGUUUACCUGCUCAGACUGUGGGAAGGGAUUUACAUUGUCAUCUCAACUACGGAGACACCAGUCAGUUCACACAGGGGAGAGGCCAUUCACCUGCUCAGACUGUGGGAAGGGAUUCACUUCGUCAUCUCAACUUAAGGUACAUCAGCGCGUUCACACAGGGGAGAGGCCGUUCACUUGCUCAGACUGUGGGAAGGGAUUCACUCGGUCAUCUCAAUUGAAGAUACAUCAGCGUGUUCACACCGGAGAGAUGCCGUUUACCUGCUCAGACUGUGGGAAGGGAUUCUCUUUGUCAUCUCAGUUACUGAGACACCAGUCAGUUCACACCGGAGAGUGGCCAUUCACCUGCUCGGACUGUGGGAAGGGAUUCACUAAAUCUUCUCACCUGCUGAGACACCGGUCAGUUCACACCGGGGAGAGGCCAUUCACCUGCGCAGACUGUGGGAAGGGAUUCACUCAGUCAUCUCAACUGAAGGUACAUCAGCGAGUUCACACCGGAGAGUGGCCAUUCACCUGCUCAGACUGUGGGAAGGGAUUCACUGAAUCAUCUCAACUGAAGGUACAUCAGCGAGUUCACACUGGAGAGAGGCCAUUCACCUGCUCAACCUGUGGGAAGGGAUUCACUUCAUCAUCUCAUCUGAAAGUACAUCAGCGAGUUCAUACCGGGGAGAGGCCAUUUACCUGCUCAGAGUGUGGGAAGGGAUUCACACAGUUAGCUAGCCUACAAGCACACCAGUCAGUUCACAAUGGGGAGAGGCCGUUCACCUGCUCAGUCUGUGGGAAAGGAUUCACUCGAUCAUCUCGCCUACUGACACACCAGUCGGUUCACACUGGGGAGAGGCCAUUCUCCUGCUCAGUUUGUGGGAAGGGAUUCACUCGAUCAUCUCAACUACAGAGACACCAGCAAGUUCACACUGGGUAGAGGCCAAUCACCUGCUGUGAAUGUGGGAAGGGAUUCACUCAGUAAUGUAAUCUUAUGUAACUCUCGAUUCGGCGAGCAGAUUAAUAUAGGGGGUGAUAGCACCCCAAGCCCGGCCAAACUUAAGAAAUCUCAUUUGGGUGGAUGCUGCGUGAUGUGUCCCCGUUACAAAUCAGUACCCCAAAAUAACAGAAACAGUAGACAAUAUGUGAUUAAACAAUUGAGAUUUAUAAUUCUUACUUGGACUAUAGGGUUAGUAAAGAAAACAAAAAAAAAGAAAAAGGGCCCACUCUCUCCAUUCGUGUCUUCUCAUCUCUCCCCAGCAAAAGACCAUGAAAUCUCUCUUCCAGACUCACAAGGAAGAUCAUUUCUCUCUUUGGAAAGCCCCGCACGCCAAAACCCUGUUAUCUCUAGUCGUAACCUAAACAUUGCUGCUACAGAGAAACCCUUACCUCAGCAGUGAAACAUUACAGAGAGGCCAUUACAUUAACAGUGAAACUUACAGCGUGUUACACUUAUGACACACUACCGGGUUCACACUGGGAAGAAAGUUUCAAUAAGCUGCAUGCUGGAUAUUUGUCCAUCACCGUUGCUGAAUGCAAUUUCGAGAGCGACUGUCGGUGCUGAACUCUGCAAUUAUUGCUGCUGCUCACCACACCCAGUUCUGCACCCUGGUCACUGGGCAUGGGAGGAGUUUCUUCUGCUGCAUAUUCACCUUUAAUGGGACUGGAGUUUAAUAUUCUGGAUCUGAGACAAAUAAAUCAGUUCUAUUUUAAACUCUGUUUUCGGCAUUUAAGUGAAUUUAUAAGACACUUUGUGUACAGUAGAGAGUCAACUCAGGCCGUCUGGAUGCUGCCAGUGAUUCUGUUCCACAACCGUCCUUUUAAAUCCUCACCGGUACGGCCAAAGUCAGCAUGGUUUUCCUCAGGAGAAAUCUUCCCAGAUAAAGCCGUUGGAGUUCUUUGGUGAAAUAAGAAAGGUGGUGGGUGUUGUUUGUUUGGAUUGUCAGAUGGUCUGGAACAAGCUGCUGCACCUGACGCUGCUGAACAAGACCAGAGCUCAUGGUGUUUGAUGUCUCUGUGCCUGUUCCCGCUGGAGUUUAGAAUAAUGGAG